AUGUCUGUUCCGGGUGUACGUUGCGAUGAUCAUCGUCGUCGAUGGGAUAUACGUGAAUAUGAGAAGAAAGCCAGCAAUCGCAUAGAAAAUCUUCGAAGUGUAAAGAAGCAAUCAGCAGAAGACGAAGAGAGUGGUGAUGAAGCAGAAAUCGAACGAAAAGCUGUUGAGAAGAAAAUCGCUCGAACACUUCUUCAAGCUCGAGAAUUUAAAGUCGACUUAGAGUCUCGUCUAGGAAAAUCCGUCAUUGUAACAAAGGCAACAGCGCCAUCCGAUGCCGGAGGAUAUUAUUGUAACGUAUGUGAUUGCAUUGUCAAAGAUUCGAUUAAUUUUCUGGAUCAUAUUAAUGGAAAAAAGCAUCAACGAAAUAUGGGUAUGUCCAUGCGUGUCGAACGAUCGAACGUCGAUCAAGUUCGAAAACGUAUUGAGAUGAACAAAGCCAAACAAAAUCAAGUCGUAAAGGAAUACAAUUUCGAAGAACGUCUGAAAGAAGCCAAGGAAGAAGAAGAGAAAAUUAGAGCACAACGGCGCGAUAAGAAGAAAGAAAGUAAAAAACGUAAAUUAGAAGAAUAUCAAUCAUUGCAAGACGACGAUGACGCGGGUAAUGAAGAUGCUAUGGCUGCAGUCAUGGGAUUUAGUGGUUUUGGAGGAUCGAAGAAAUAA